AUGGUGUUGCGAAAGUGCACCAUAUGCGAUCGACGGUUCAAGAAAACGGAACAUUUUAAGCGCCACGAACGCUCACAUACCAAGGAGAAGCCCUAUGAAUGUAGUGUCUGUCAUAAGCGAUUUUCACGAAGUGAUGUCCUAAGCCGCCAUGCCAGGGGUCAUAAUCAACCAGCUGCCAAUGCAGCGGUUGAACCAGGUGCUGGUAUUCCUGCCACACCUACCAAUCAAGCUCCUGCUCAUCGACCAUCAACUAUGACAGCGGGAAAUCAGAACUACGUCCUUGGUAUGGGUGCGGAGAGUGCUCGCCCGCUCCAGCAUGGUUCGUCGGCACCUCACAAUUUUACAAUGUCCGCGGCUCUCGAUCAGCAGUCGACUUCCUUGGACUUUCUUGCCAACGUAUCUGCUCAUCAACCUCGCACUGAACCAGUAGCUAGUCAGAUCAUGGCAAAUGAGCAUCAAGGUUACCUUGGCUGGAAUGACGUGCCUGUUCCGGACCAGCAAUGCUACAGAGGGACAGUUCUUGAUCCAUUGCACAACGACAUACUGCAAUUAUGGCUGGAGCCGCAAGGGGACUCGAUCUCGCAGCAAGGAUCAAUCGACCUCAGGGGGAAUUCUAAUCUCGGCAUUUUAGGGGAGACCGUUGCUUCUUCAGAGCAACCACGACCAUCUAUUGAUAGCAUGAGCUUGAGCUCUGGAAGUAGUAUUCCAACUGAACGGUUUGCCCGUGUUCAGCGCUAUUGGCUUGCUCCAUCCAACAACACUGGGCGGCUCAUGAACAGCUUAUGGCAUGAUGUAGCCUACAGCGAACAGGACAAUGUGUUCGCUUUCAGGCCAACCCACUCUUCCAGCGCCCCGUCGGGUUACCUGCAGGGGUCGAGGUACGGCGUCGAUGAAGAGUGCAGGCAGCGUCUUUACACAAUGUUCAACCAGAGCCAAGGUCAAUCUCAGAUGCGUUCUUCUGAGGUUACUGCAGUCUCGCCCUUUACCCAACCACAUCGCAAUUCCAAUUUUCCUCCUGCGGAAAUUCUGGAUAUGGCACUAGAUCUGUUCUUCCGCGACUUUCACCCACUGGUGCCGUUUAUCCACAUCCCAACAUUCUCUGCAAAAGACGCCCGUCCAUCCUUGCUCUAUGCCAUGUGUCUCAUUGGCAUGGUCCUGUUGGGAACCAAAGGCACGUUAAGCUUCGUUGUCAACAACUUCUCGUCCACGCUUGGAAGUAUUACAGCAGAAUUAGCCAAGUGUUCAGUUGGAGUCGAGGGUUCUUUGUCCACCGUGUCCACUUUUGCAGCUGCAUUUCUGUUUUUGAAUUUGGCUGCCAUGACAGGAGAAAAGGAACAUCUCGAAAAGUGCCAAAUGCUCUAUGUUAAUCUCAUAUCGAUCGCACAGCGGCACGGACUCUUCGCGGCUAGGGAAGGGCAGGUGCUUGACACGCACCUGUUCGACGCUAUCCCUAAUACUGAGACUCGGUGGAAAGCCUGGAGCAAGGUAGAAUCAGUAAAACGGCUCAUAACUGGACUACUGCUGCUCGACUCUUGGUACUCAUCGUUCAUGUCUACGAGUCCGAUUAUUGUGCCAGACUCUGUUCAACUGAUACUGCCGUGUGAUGAAGCGCUCUUUCGAGCUACAACUUCCACGCGCUGGAUGCAGCUAAGCGGUAGUGACAAAGUCAGCUUGAUGCCUACGAUACUGAUGCCAUCGGAGAAUGUCGACAUUCCAACACUUCGCAGCCCGAUAGAUGAUUUCUGCAUGUAUGCAGUACUAGCAAUGGUUCAGUCGAGGCUUUCAGAAGCAUACUAUCGACUUCUUUCAAAUCGUGCCAGCUACCCCUUCGCCCCCUGCAAUACAUAUGCCAUGGACGGGCGUGCAAGAUGUCUGCCAUCACUUCAGCUCCAGCUAACAAGCAAAUAUGGCGAUGUGCUGGACCGGCUCAAUCCAAACGCAGCCGUCAUGUGGCACAAUAUGUGCAUGACGCUAACAGCAGACACCCAAAUCUUCGACAUGGCAGCUGGCCGUUCUGGCCCAGGCCCUGCCCGAAAAGCACUCGAUGACAUUGCAGCAUGGUCGCAAACACCGGCUGCCAGACGAGCUUGCUUGCAUGCAGCACACAUCUACCGAGCCAUGACGAAUAGGAAGGCAUCAGACCAUACAAUGUUCCAUUCUGUAUUCUCCCUUUUCUACGCAGCACUAGUGCUGGGUCUUUACGUCUUCAUGGUGCCAAGUACCUCUGAGAUGCAGCAAGGUGGACACUCCAUCGAGCUUUUCGAUGAUAUUGAUUGGCAAAAGGUGGGCAUUGAGGGGUUCACCAGCUUCAUGGAGCCUCAAGAAGGCCAAUCUUUUCCGCCGUCUGAAGAACCUGCGAUGAAUUUUAUUCGGAACGGCGGCACGAUAUACCUACGCGGUGUUCCCAUCCAGGGAGGCUAUCAAGCAGCCCGCCGCGUUCUACUCGACUACGCAGGACUGCUAAAGGAUACAGGGAAGUGGAGCGUACGAAAGUUUUCGUAUGUGCUGCAUAUCAUGAGCGAUGUGCUAAUGGAUGUGGAAUGA